UGAGCCUCAUGGGAGCUCAGAGGGAGGAACAGCUGGGAGCCACCCCUGGGUCCCCUUGGGGGGAAGUGUGACGAGCGGGGAGGGCGCUCUUCCCCUUUGUGUGAGGCUGUUGGUUGAAAACCGCCCCAUAAAGGCCCGGGGGCACAUCCCCUUCUGUGUGGACUGCAGGCUCCGUCCCUCAGCACCGACUCCAGGGCGCGUAGGGACAGGGCUGGGCCAUGGCGCCUGGGUUCUCCAUCCUCCUGGGCCUGGCGCUCUGUCUGGCCCAGACGGCCCGGACCCAGCAGGGGACCCUGCCCAGACCCUCCAUCUCAGCUGAGCCGGGCUCCGUGGUGCCCUGGGGGCGGCCGGUGAGCAUCGUGUGCCGGGGCCCUGCCGGGGUUAUGAGCUUCCGCCUGGAGAAGGGUAAUAGAAAGGACUAUAAGGAUGUGGGUGUCACGUUCCGAGGUGAACAGGUGACCGAGGCCAGAUUCCACAUCACUGCUCUGCGUGAAGAUGCUGUCGGGCGUUAUCACUGCAUCUAUCGAAAAGAGUCCACCUGGUCAGCGCUCAGCGAGGCCCUGAGCCUGGAGGGGACUGCAGAGGCCGUCUCUGCCCUGCCUGCAGCUCCCACAGGCCUGUCGACAGAGCAGGUUUAUAUUCUCAUUGGGGUCUCUGUGGCCUUUCUCCUUUGUCUCUCCCUCCUGGUCCUUCUCCUCCUCCAUCGUCAGCUCCGGAGAAAACGAGGGCCUCCCAGAAGCAAAGACGAGGAGCAGAGAUGCCAGGGGAGGCUCAGCCCAGCUGUGGAUGUCCUAGAUGGGACCCCAGGUGUGGCCAGCGUUGACAGAUUUCCUGAUGUGGAUGGAGAGGUGGGCGCCUUGACCCCUGCUGCAGGAGGCUCCCAGGAGGUGACUUACGCCCAGCUGAAUCACAAGCUCCUCACCCAGAGAGCGGCCAGAGCUGUGUCCCCGCCGUCCACAGAGCCCCUGGCCAAGUCCAGCACGUAUGCAACCAUUGCCAGACAUUGACCGCAUGCCCACCUGGCUUCUGCACUAAAGAUGCAGGAAGUCACACUUGCAAAAGCCCGAAGUGGACAUUGGGUUUCCCUGUGGAAUCAUUCCUUUCUGGAAAGACAUCUAGUCGAUCCUCCUGCAGGCAAGAGCUGAAGUCCUGAGAUCCCACAUUAUCUUCUAGGAGAUUCAUUAACCAUGUGAUCCCUCCCACAACCAACUAGCUCCUCAGAGAGAAGGUGUAGCACUUGUUUCAAGAGACCCAGCUAUGGUGUUUGUUGCCUGUUUCCAGAGACCCAGCUCUAGUUCUUGGCUGUUUCUAGAGACCCAGCUUUGGCACUUGGCUGUUUCAAGAGACCCAGCUAUGGUGCAUGGCUGUUUCCAGAGACCCAGCUAUGUUCCUACAGUUGCCCAGUGAAUUCCUGAUGUGUCCUGUGAUAAUCUUCCACUGCCCCUGGAGAACCAUUUUGUCUUCUGAGCUGACUCUGCAAACCUUCCUAGAGUGCGGGUGGUGAUCUUGAAUCUGGGCUGCACUUAUGCAGCUGAUAGCUGAUACCCAGUUUUCUGGAUCACAUUUCACCUUGUUCGUCAGUCAAUGUUCUCACAGGUCCAAUAGUGUCAGCCCCACAUGUGGCGCUGGGUACACAGCUUCUAGGUCCCAGUCUCUGCUCCACCAUCCCCCAAAACUCAGUGAGGGAAACAAGACAAAAACAAGACAAUCAGUGUUUUCUGACCCAAGAGUGUGUCUGAGGGGACUUGUGUCUGGGUGAAGGCACAGAGCUGCCCCACCUGCAUACAGCUCCCAUCCCCUGCAUGCACAGGUCCAUGGAGACACGCACACACAGAUACACACAUGCACACACUGUACACACACAUACACUCAUGCAGACACCCACAUGUGUGGGCACAGUGGACUGGCUGAGGGAUUUGGUGAGGCCAUGACUGCACAGGGAGGGCCCCUCAGGCUUUAGGUCCACCCCGAGGAACCGGCAGGCCCCCGUCUCCCACCCCACCCCAGUUCAUUCCCACUGGACGCCAUGCAUUCCCCAAACACGAGAGGGCCCAGCAGCUGUAGGACACUGUCCUUGACCUGACCUUCACCCCUCACCGGGCUAAUGCCUGUCAGGUUUGGGAUUGGAGGCCAUUCAUCCCAACAAGCACACAACUGCUGCUGUAACAAAUUACCACUCACAUGGCAGCACCAAACAACGCAGCUUAUUUCCCUACAGUUCAGGAAGUCAGAAGUCUGAGAUCAGUUACACGAGGCUGAAAUCCGGGGUGGGCAGGGCUGUGUUCCUUCUGGAGGCUCCACAGGAGGCUCCAUUCCUUUACCUUUUGCAGCGUCUGGGGGCCAUCCGCACUCCUUGGCUCAUGGCCCCUUCCUCCAUCCUCGGAUCCUCCCUCUGACUAGGACUCCUGCUUCUGUGGUCACAUCUCAUCUUCUCACUCUCUGACCCGCCUGCUUCUCUUAUAAGGGCUCUGGUGAUUACAUUGGGUCCACCUAGAAUAUCCAAGGUCAUCUCCCCUUCUCAAGAGCCUUAACUCAGUCACACUUGCAAAGACCCCUUUUGCACCUAAGGUAACACAGCAGCUGGUUCCUGUCUACCUGAGUGGGUGUCCAUCCGCAGCACCACCUCCGUUCAUGGGCUCCUCUGGGCUUGAAUGCCUCACUCUAAAUUCUACGCAUCUCCUUGCAGGGAUGUUUCCUUCUGUUUCCACUAGCUUGUGAAAUAAUGAAUUCUUGAGAGUCUAUGUCCUGUGUCCUAGAACCUCUGUGUAAGAGGAGGUCGGGUAGGAAGCAGUGGAGACUAGAAACACCCCCACCGUGUGACCCCCACAUGCCCAUAAGGACAGGUGGCCCCUGUGUGACAGGACUGUGGCUGCCCACAGCACCGUGUCCUCCCUUCCUGGGCGCCCAGCGAGAUGGUCUCCCAGCCUCCUUGCAGUUAUGUGUCCUGCAAGGGAUGGGAUGACGUUCACAGUGAGCAGGAUGCACGGAGCUGCUUCCAGGCCUGGCCCCAAACCCUCCCUCACAAGAUCCUCACUGUUGGUCAUUCUGCUGGUGGAUGCGGAUGCCCUGGGCAACCUUGGCAGCACACUGAGAGUGGUGCCUGGCUCCCAGGAUGACAGUGGAGUAGAGCUCUCUGUACCUCUUUGCAUUAGUCCUGCUUCAGGUUUCUGUAAAGUUGAUGCUUUAACAUGUGUGAUACAGGCAUAUUCUGGUGUGCACAUUAAUAAAGGGAAACCUUUAAAACGGA